AUGGACGCUCUCAAAGCUGGUGCACAUAAAAUACAAGAAGCAGUUCAUGGCAAAAAAGCUGAAGAAAAAAUAGAAAAAGCUUCGGAUCCAUCAAGAUCACCAUCAGAUCGUAUGGAUGCUGCUCAUGAUGCAGCUAAAGCAGCGACGAAAGAAAGUGAACAUGCAUGCAAAGCCGAUUGCAGAUCAUAUGAUCAUAAACAUUAA